UGGUGAACGUUUUGAGUUGUGUCUGUUGGUUCAUGGCGCAGCGCUUUAUCAAGCGGUACCCACUUCCGAAUGAAAGUUGUUGCGACAAUUCGAGAGCUCGCAUUAAAUGUCUGGCCUUGCGCCGAUUUUGCCAUCACGCGUGCUGCCUUGGGUCUUGAGCUUGAUUUCGCUUGCAGUCUGGUGCCGAUUUGGAUUCAGGCCUCGUUUGGCUGUUUCGGGGGGGCGGCGGCGGAAAACUCAAGAUUGAAUGUUCAAACCACAUUGAAUUCUCCCUACCCGGAUAUCGUCAAGAAGAAGUUAAUUAGCUGCUCCUUCCUACUCCUGUUUGUGGGAUCAUGUUGUAUAUCAGUUUACUGCUGCAUGUUCCUGGUUACAAUUACUCUAAUGGCAUCAAAUUCAGAAAAUCUAUGUGGAACUGAAGAUUUGGCUAGGAACAAGACAUUGGGCCGAUGUCUUCAGGUCCUACAAGAUGCAAAAAAUGAUAGCGAGCAGUUUGCAGCUCUUCUACUGGUGACCAAGGUGGUGAAGGCUGGUGAAAUAGAUGCUGCGGCCCGUCGACGGAUCUUUGAUGCAAUUGGAUUCUCUUUCCCAAAUCGACUACUUGUUACCAAAGAAUCUCCGCAUGGUUGCCCCAGUCAAAUUUUCCGCGCUCUUGGCAUGACCCUGCUUGCAUGUUUUUCCACAAAUCCAGAUUUGGUUAUUCACCCGCAAAUCCUCAACAAAAUAUCUAUUUUCAAUGAAAUUAUUUGUUCAGAAGUCGAUGCAGGAACAGAUAUUGCCACAUUUACAUCAAUGAUUGAUGACUCCUUCCAGUGUCUCCAAGCAAUUUCUGCCCACCCUCAGGGUCAGCGACAUCUAGUAGCUGAAGGAACAGUGUCUGCAUUAUGUCAGGUUUAUCUAAAUCAAAGUCAUGGCCACGUGCAGGCUCUAUGUCUUCUAAUCGGUCUGCUGAACACGAUGGAAAACAAAUGUUGGAAAUCUUGUAAGCCAGACCUCUUGAAAGUACUGAACAAACUCAGUGAACAGUUUGCUACAGAAGAAGAUCACCAGAAAUUUGAAUUAUGCAGUGUAUUGCAGCAUUUUCUACCUGCUGUACCUAUCCUAACUGAGGAUCCAUCUCUCAUUGAGUGCUUGAAGAAUCUUCAUACUGGUCUGUUCAGCAUACUCCGCAGUAAACUGAAUAGCUCACAACGAGACCCUGCCCUGAAACUUGCUGGCUUGUUAUUAACUGUUUAUGGCUCAGACUGGAUCUUGGCAGAAAAUUCUGAAGCAAACCGUAAAUUCUUAGCAUUAAUGGUGAAUCUCGCCUGUGUAGAAGUUCGAAUUUGUUUGGAGGACCCAAAUCUGAAUGCACCUCACUUUAAACCGGAUGUCAUCACAGCAUGUUACAGUAUCAUUGAGUUUGGAAUGAUGGUUUGUGUGCUUGGGGAAAAAGUCUGCCUUACAGAAACUGAAAGUAGCCAAUUGGUGCAGAUAAUGGUUGAGGCUUUCGGAGCAGUUAUUGGCUAUUUUAAGCAGGUUACAGAGGAACAGCUGUGGGAUCCAUUUCUGUAUGCAUCAGUCCGAAUCCUGGGUGCUUGGAUGGCUGAAGAAACUUACGCACUCAGACAGGAAAUCUGUGACGUGCUGCCUUUUCUGAUUUGUUAUGCUCAGAAGAUGUUUGAAUGUCCAAGAAAAUCCGAUGACCUAAACAAUCAAGUGAAAGGGCUAUCAUUGGCUGACAGCCCUGAGGUAACAAUGUGGCCUAAAGAUGCCUUGAGAUUUCUGUUGCCUGGAUUUUGUCACCUUUCAGCUGAGGAUGCACCUCGGAGGAUCUUAAUUUCGGAUGGAUUUCAUGUUUUGCUUCUUCGUUAUUUCACACAACAGUGGGAAGUCUUCAGUUCUUCCAAAAAUGCAUCAGUUUUGCCAGAUGAUGCAGAGAUGAGUCUUCGAACAGCCUGUGGAAUUUUUCUAAACCUUGUGAUAACAGAGCCCGCACUGAUCAGGCAGGAAGAAUGUUUCUCAUCUUUACUUAGCUUGUUAAUGGAAUCCUUGCAGUCUUUGCUUUGUAACCAGCUUCACCUGAUUCUUGCUGCUAAUUUCACAACUUUGGGGCUGAUGAUGAGUCGCAUACUUGCUGACACACCAGUGUUACAGGGAACUACAGUAUCCAAGGGCUUUUUCCGAGGGGCGAUUCAUUUUUUGUCAAAAGCACAUACAACGCAGCUGAACAGAAUUGAUGACCGAACACAGAUUGUGGUGACUGAGAGAUACCAAGAAGGUUGGGAUCAAAUCUCAGAGCUUUGGUUUCUGGGAAUGCAGGCUUUUGGUAGUUGUGUACCUUUGCUACCAUGGCUACCACAAAGUGUAAUUGAAUCAGAAUGGUUGAGAGACAUUUUUAAUUUGUUAAAUAAGAGUUCACCUGUGACUGUGGAGUUUGACCUCAUUGCUGCCUUUCAGAGUGUUUUAGCUGAACUGGCCAAGAACAGCAAACCGUGUAAAGACAUUAUGUUAAGUAUUGGUGAGGAGAAAGCCAACCUGUAUGGAAUGGCAGCUUUGGAGCAGUGUCUCUCUCAAAAUUAAUGACAAGCCAACCUCAAUGCAAACUGUCCAAGCCACUAGUGCAGUGAUCUGAAGAGGCUUGGCGUAUGGCUGUAUUUCCAGGCAAAAUGCUGGUGAAGAUUUUUUUAAAAAUAAUUAACAUUUUAUUUAAUUUUAGGUGUUGCAGCAUUUGUCAUUAGCUGGUUAAAUUUGACUGCUCAGUUGUUUUGGGAACUGGCUUUAAUUUAGGAGGUGCAGCAACUGCAUCUCUCCUGCCCUCAUUCUCUGCUACACUCAUGCAUUUUCAUCUUUCAUUGAGAGAAGUGCUAAAAUACAGCCCACUUCCAGAAGAUAUUUCAUAAUCAGUAUCGUACAAUUUUUAAAACAAAAGUUUUGACAGUUCUAAAUCAGAAAUGCAAGAAAUGUUUGAUUUUUACAGCAUGGAAAUAGCUUCUCAGUUAAUUGCACAGCUGCAUCAUUGACUAAUAAUCCAAGUUAUUGAAAAGAAAAUGUCCACUUCCUGUCUUAGCUCAGCUGGUCCUAAAUAAAAUUAGUUUAGAUCAUUUUAAUCCAGUUCUUAAUGGGAAAGAGACCACAUCAUAGAAAUCCUAGGAUGUGGUAGAACUUAUCCAGAUCAAAAUUGUCAGUUUGAAUACAGUACUUUAAAGAAAUUAUAUACUGAUGCUGUGGGGAGGAGACGGGCUUCCAAGUUUCUGUUGUACGCCACAUGGCUGAGGCAGAAUCUCCGUAUCUAACCACCUUUACCUCACACUGAAUGAAAAUCAGACUAAUUUGGACAAGAAAAGAAAAAUCCAAAAAAGCUUAAAUUGGAAUUGGCAGUAAGAUUCUUUAACAUCAUUUAGAAUUGCGUCCAUUAAAGUACCAUUUUGUCAUCUCAUUUUCUGUGCAACAGUUUCACUGCUGUUAGAUCUAUUUUUAGUUUCCCUGCAUAGAUAGGAUAUGCUUUCUAUCCACUGACACCCAAAAACGAUUUGAACUGAUGCUUAUGCCUGUCAUUAUCUUUUGUGACUUCAUAUUGGAGCACUGCCUGUCAUGCUUAACAGUGUGCAACUGCACAAAGUGUCCAAUCCAAUGGUGGAAAAUGUGGACUUAUAAAAGGCAGCAAUGUUACAAUUUACAACAGAAAUGUCACUGCUGUAUGUAUUUCACUGCUGUAUGUAUUUCCCCUGCUACUGAGAAAAUGUUUCCAGAAGGGACAAAAACGGCUAGAUAUGUGAUUUGAAACACUAAUUUCCAAAUUGAGCAAUCAAAUGUCUGGAAUCAGCAGCAGUGAAACUCAGGUAUGAUAUUCGUAGGUUUUUGCCUUUUUUUUAAUUUUAAAGGGUCUUUGGUGUACAUAUGAUGUCGUGACUCAAUUGCACUGACAUCCACACUUGACCUCACCCUGUGUUUGUGGUGGGGCAGAGGUGUUAUUCUUUUAGGUCCAUUUCUGGUGUUCCAUUGAUGAAUGUUCUUUUAAACAUUUUGGAAUCUUUUCAUGUGAUGAGGUAGUAUAUACCUGUAGAUCUGUCGUCUUUUCUUUUUCAUUGUUAUAAGACUUGAGUAAAGUAUUUUCAAUCUAAA